UGUGUCUCCUUCCUUAUCCUUGUCAAGCUAGCUCAAAUUUUCUCAAGAAAUAUGAACUUCACUUGUGCAGUCACUAAAAUCCCAAAACUAGUAGUGACAGAGAUUCAAAAACUCCUAUCCCGUGUCAAUUUCAAACUCACACUCAUAUUCUGCUUGCAUACUAUUUUGAACAAAUGGUUGCCUUCAAAGCAUCAUUUUGACGAUGAUUCACCCGGGGAUCAUCGGCCAUCGUCGUUGUUGGUUCCCGUACCGGUCACAAGCCGAAUUGGGGUUGAAUUGAUAAAGAAGAAGUUGCCGGUGAUAGAAUUUUGCAGCUUUCUUGAAAGAGUGGACAUGGCUCGAGAAGGGUGCACCGAGUGUGCUAUUUGUUUAAGUAGUAUGGAGAGACGCGACGAGAUCAGAGAGCUAUUUAAUUGCUGUCACGCGUUUCACAGGCGUUGCCUGGAUGAGUGGGUUGAGAAGAGUCAUGUGACAUGCCCUUUGUGCAGGUCAAAGUUGUUGCCUCAUCAUUGGGAGGAUGGUAAUGGUGGAGAUGAUCCAUGGAGGGUGGAGAGGAUUGCUUACCUCUUUGGUGAGGACUAUGUAAUGGCUACAUGGUGAGUGGAACAUCAAUUUGUUGUAAUAUGUAGCUUUUUUGGGCACACUUUAAGGUUAUGUACCUCUGGAUGAGUCAAUUUCCAUGCAAAAAUCAAUGUUCGAAAACCCGAAACUCGGAUUCGAUAAGAAGCUUUCUGAGUAACCUUUCCAUUUCCAUCUUCUGGAUGUAUGAUAUUGAUCUUUUGAGAAACACAUAUUUCUGUUUUAGUAUUGUUGAA